UGGUAAAUUUACAUCAGGAAAUGACUACAGGAUUGAAGACAAAAGAAUUGUAUUACAAAAAAGGAAACUAUGAGCCAAUUUCAUAAUAAUAAUGUCAACGAGGAUGCAUCAAUUUUGUUAAUGUGGUUCUUAGAAGUGUAGCUUUUUGCACCCAACUCAAACUAAAAAUGCUUGUAAUUCAUACAGAGUUAGAAAAUCAAUAGAAUGAAUGAGGCUUAUUUUCUUGUCUUUCUGAUGUUUAAUCUGAGUUUAGGUCAUUCGUACCAGUCACAAGGAAUAGGAGUAAAAAUAAAGGGAGAUAAUGUCACAAUUACAUGGAACAAACCUUCCAGUAAUAUCACAUCAACAGGAUUAGAAGUUUAUAAUAUUGGAAGGAAAAUAACGGUUUAUCGGGCAAACUUGAGCAGUAUUGGCAAUCUACACGCAGUUCAAUUACCGCCUUGUCAGAAAUACAAAGUUAGACUAAACUUUAUUUCUCCAUCAGGAGGCAUACAUGUAACCGAUAAAGACUUUGUAUUAGGUGGAAAGUAUCUAUAUACAAGCCUGGAUACAAAUAUAACGUUAACUAUACCAAAACUACCGUAUUAUUUCUACACAGUCUUCUCUCCAACGAGAACUAUUCUGAAUGUACAAGGAAGUAGUGUUGUCGUAAAUAAUGUAGCAAUGGGUCGUUAUAAAAUAAAAACGACAAAACAACAUUUCGUAAUAUCUGUCCAGAAUGUAAGACAGGAGGACGGUGGGAUGUACAAAGCUGAACAAUUGUCAGAACUUCGGGAAGGAGAAUGCGUUGUUGUAUUUGUCACAGACAAACCGACCCCACCCUCUCUUACAUACAACGAAUAUCCUUUUGUUGGAAACAAAGCAAACUUUACAUGCAUUUCUAAUGUACAACGUUGGCCCUCAGAUUAUUCUGAAAACCUUUCUUACAAGUUUUACUGGAACGGCGAAACUCGACAACCCAACAUUAUUUUAAGGCGAUCAGAUGAAGGAACUUCAGUAACAUGUCAGGCAACUGAUGACAGAGGACAAUUGUCAUCAUCCAGUAAUAGUAUGAUUCUUGAUCCAUAUUAUGGACCUGACAAUGUUCAUCUAAAUCACAAUUAUAAACGGUCUACUGUAACUGAAGGUCAAACAUUUGGUCCUGUCACAUGUUCAGCAGAUUGUUAUCCAGAGUGCGACUAUGAUUGGAGAUAUCUAGGCAGGGUCCAGUCGUACAGUCCAGUCUUAUAUAUACCUACCAUUGACAGAAACCAGACUGGUGUUUAUGGCUGUUAUGUUAUACAUCCAAAUAAUACAGAAAAACGUACCGCACUGAAUAUAAUAGUCAGCGUUCUAUACCCACCUGUAUUCAGACAAAUAACAUUUAGUGCAGACCAUGAAAAAGACGACAGACGAUCAAUCACCGAAGGUGAAACAUUAAAACUCUUUAUGUAUAUUGAAAGCUACCCAGUAUCAGAGAUAAACCUGCAUUCACCAGAUUAUUUCGUCCAACCGCUUGUUUGUACCAUUGAUACGAUUGACCAUAAGUACACAGCAAAUAUUGAGGGGUUGACCUGUGAAGAGGCCGGGAAUUACACAAUUGAAGCAUACAACGGUAUUGGCGAGGCCACUAUGAGUUCUUUUGAUUUGGAAAUACAAUGUAAACCUAAAAGUAUAAAAUUCCAACGAAGUAAAGUCGCUAUCAGAAUAAAUUCUGUUGAAGAUACUACCGUGUUUGUCGUGUCCAAUCCUACACCUAAUGUGACUUGGAUCCAACAUCCUCAAUAUCCUUGGACUAUAAGCGAAGAAGGGGUUAAUCAUAAAUACGUUCUCCAAUCAACAAUCAAGAUAUCAGAAUUUCCACUUAACCGACAGCUUGGUUUAUCAAUUUGUAAUACAAUUGGAUGUGUGAUUAAAUAUGUAAAAACCGUACCAAAAGGAAAACCUGAUAGAGUCAGAAACAUCACUGUCGUCAAUAUAACUCCAUAUUCAGCACACAUAUUAUGGUAUAUUGGCUUUGACGGUGGUUCCACUCAGAAUUUCUCUAUCAUCUUAGAAUCUCCAACUGAUGACAGUAGAACCAUUACAGUUCCGUUAGAAGAAAAAGACGAAGGAGACUUGGUGUUAUUUAAAAUAGGUGGUUUGUCUGCAGAAGCAUUUUAUAGCGGUCAUAUAGUUUCAUACAACAAGUAUGGAAAAACAAAAAUGGAAUUUGAGUUCGAAACUCAUGACCUAAAUAACGGUUUGUCUAAAAGGGAAAGGAUCAUAUACCCACUGAUGAUAUGCGGAAUAAUUGGUUUAGUCGUUGUUUUUGUUAUCAUAUUCAAAUACAAAGAAAAAUGUAAAGAUUCCAGAAUGCAAAUUCCCCAAGCAGGAAAUACAGAAACGACUAACACUUUAGUUGUGUGUGAUGUUUGUGAUACACCCAGUAUUGACAAUAAACAAUCUAAACUCGAAAACAAUGCUACUAAUGAUAGAACAGAGUCUAAAGUUGUUGAUGAAGAGUGGCCAAAGGAUGACGACAUAGAAAUUGCAUCCUCAAAUGAUGAAACAUCAGCAGACAGCAAUAAAAGUUGCAGUGAAAGGGGAGUUUUUUAUGAAGAAAUGAAAAGAAAUAAUACUGCUGGUGAAUCAGAGUAUGACGCUCUAGAAAAAUAUUAAAUUAAACUAAAUGCAUAUUAUGUUUAUUAUUGUUGUUGUGUGCAAUUACUUACAAACUAAGUAAAAAGCUCCACAACUUUUGGACAAAUAUUUUGCUGCAUUUCAUCUUGGUCUUUUGUUUUUUUUUUGUUUGUUCAUAAAUCAGGAUGUUAGUUUUCUCGUU